AAGACUCCAUCUAGAUACAUAUUUUUUUCUUUUUCAUGUGCAGGUGAAGCUAAGAACUUGAGUUCCACAAGAGAUUGCUACUGUACUGUGAAAUUAGACCAAGAAGAGGUGUACAGAACAGCAGUUAGAGAAAAAACACAAUGUCCGUUCUGGGCAGAGGAGUACAUGUUCGACAUUCCCAUCCGAUUCCGCAUGCUCUCCUUUUACAUCUACGAGAAAGACAAACUCAAGCGAUCAGACUCUGCGAUUGGGAAGGUGGCGCUACGUCGGGGAGAGCUCCAUAAAUGCCAAAGCAAGGAUCAGUGGUAUCCGUUGACCCCUAUUGACCAAGAUACAGAAGUGCAGGGUAAAGUCCAUGUGGAGAUCAGGACCAGUGAAUUACUGAAUGGAUCGUCCUCGAUCACUAAACUAGCAGUAAGAGUCGUGGAGGGAAGUGGAUUAACAAUCGUCAACGGCCAAUGUGAUACAUAUGCCACAGUUUCAUACCAUUCUGCCUCGAGGUUAGAAACAAAAAGGACUAAAGUGAAAAGGAAAUCUACAAAUCCCCAAUUUGAUGAAGCUUUCCAGUUUGAGUUGCAGAAGAAUAAUUCCUAUGUUGAGAAGAAUCAUUUUAGUCCACCAGAAGAAGACAUCUGCAAGACUGAACUCAGAAUUGCCUUGUGGAACUCUGUAUCAGGUUUAUCAGGUGAUGUGUUCAUUGGUGAGGUCAAGAUACCAAUUAGUGCUCUAGACAUGUCUACGGGCCUUCAUCAAGCAUGGUACUUUCUAAAGCCGAGAGAAACGAGUAAUGCCAGACAUUCCAAGACAGUUGGUUCGUUACGAGUACGAAUAGAAUAUCAGAAGGAUUACGUCUUUCCAACGUCACUAUACGAAAACCUCAGGGAAAUACUCCUCACAUCGCCAGAAGUGGAGCCAACAACGUCCAGUGCUGUUUAUAUCCUUGGGGAGUUUGUGAAGGAGAAGAUCACAGCCGCUAGACCGCUGGUCAGAUUAUUCCAUCACUACGGUCAAAUACUUCCAAUCAUUAGGGUACUAGCAGAGCAUGAGAUCUCAACCACAACGGAUCCGCAUACGAUAUUUCGUGGCAACUCGUUGGCGUCAAAGUGCAUUGAUGAGUUCAUGAGGUUGCAGGGUCUUCAUUACCUACAUGAUGUCCUGAAGGGUGUAGUGGAUGACAUCUAUGAAGAAAGGAAACAAUGUGAGAUAGAUACUACCAAGUUUAAAGAUGGAGAAAACUUGGAAGCUAAUCUUGCCAAUUUACAGCAUUAUAUUGAAAAAGCAUUUCAAGCCAUCGUCGGCUCGGCAGCAACAUGCCCAACUUCAAUGUGUGAAGUGUUUUAUUACCUCAAGGAAGCCGCCUCAAGACAGUUUCCUGAUGACCCUGAUGCCAAAUACUCCGCUGUGAGCGGUUUUGUCUUCCUUCGAUUCUUUGCUCCUGCCAUCCUCUCCCCGAGGUUAUUCCACCUCAAGAAAGAAAACCCUGAUGAGUUAGUCAGCAGAACACUUAAGAUGGUUUCCAAGGCGAUACAGACACUGGGUAACCACGUCAACCCGGAUAAACUGAGUUCUGUCAAUAUGAAAGAGGAGUAUAUGACACCACUCUACUCAAACAUACUGGAUAGAGAACAUGUACAAGGAAUCAGAAAGUUUCUGGAGAAAGUAUCGUCAAGUAAAUCCAAGACCAAGUCCAUGGAGGCCCCAGUGGUAUUAAAAGAAGGGUACAUGAUAAAGAGAGCGCAGGGUAGGAAGAGGUUAGGUAUUGGUAUGAAGAACUUCAAGAGAAGAUGGUUCAGGCUUACAAACAGAGAGCUUACAUAUUCUAAGAGUGAUGACUGUUUACCGCUGUGUACGAUACCCAUCUCAGAUGUCUUAGCUGUGGAAAAACUAGAAGAAGAAUCAUUCCAAAUGAAAUUUAUGUUCCAAGUUGUUCAACCAAAGAGAGCCCUAUACGUCCAAGCCAGCAACUGUGUAGAAGAGAAAGCCUGGAUCGACAUUCUUUCCAAUAUAUGCAAGAGCAAUCGUCAUAGAUUAAGCUAUUAUCAUCCCGCUGCCUUUGUCAAUGGUCAUUGGAUGUGUUGUAAACUGCAGAAUGAAUCAGACAGAGGCUGCACACCAGUAACAGGGGUGGUUCCGUGGAGCGUCACAUUAGAUAUAGACCCAGACAGAGAAAUGGAAAGAAUCUAUACGUUAUUCAAAGCCAACAUUGCCAAACUAGAAAAACUUGAAGAUGCAUGUGCAUUACAAGCCGUCUACCAAGGUACAAGGUCGGAAGCACCUCCCAUGCUGGUUGAAGACUCCAAGAGCUGCUUCGAGACUGUCAAAGGUCUGCUGUACGAGCUACAGCAAAUAGAGGAGUCACAUGUCAAUUACAGAACGAGGAGAGAAGAGACCAGAGAGUAUGGAAGCAAGCAAACACCAAUCGGCGAUGAGAACUUCAACAAUUCCUUCAAAUGACAACUAGUCAUGGCAUUGUUUGGAAUUUGCCUGGUUGGUCUGUACCAUGCCAGCAUUACUACCUUCCACUGAUGAACAGUGCGUCAUGGCUUCAAGAAGAAUAUCCUCUGAUGAUCCGUUUCUUCAAGCGUUGCACUUCUUGCUGCAGCAUGUUAGAGGUUGCAUAUCAUCAGGAUAUCUUUUGACACACCUCUCAUUGUUUUCACAGUACCAAAUGCGGGCUAUGUCUUAAGGGGUAUCUCUGGCAAAUGAACAGGUCUAUUGACAACCUCUUCUGUGGAAGAAGAGCCUACAUUGUUGAUCAGGCAGCAUGAUUUCUUCACAAACAUUCUUCGCCGAGGCUCGUAGAGGUGACUCAUUUUCAGUCAUCGGUGAAUGAAUUUGAGCAGUCAGGAUUUGUUCCAAUGUACUCCACAUGACAAGUUAAUGAGUAAUUUGAGCGUGGUAUGUUAAGAACCAAAAGAACAUUCAUUGCUGGACGCUUUGACGUAAAGCUCAACAAUUGCUCACUUACUGAUUUCUACAAUCAAGUGCAUUGAUUAUUGGUUAUGAUCAAUU